CAUCCUACGCUAGCCAGUGCUGUCAGAAACGAGAGCUGUCAAUUCUGCAUUUUUGGGAACAUUAACGCUUUGUUAGGGCAGAAUCGGCGUAAUUUUUCGCCUCCGAGCCGUCGAGUCGUUUAGAUUGCCCUCAAUCGGCGAUCCGCGCUCUUCUAGUUCCUUCUCAACGUGCGGUGCUUGUCCGACGCCGGUCCUUGAAAGCUCUUGGGGGAGAAUGGACUGAGCCCGUUUCGGCUUCGUGUUCUUAUUAUUCUGGAGAGACUGCCUUCUAGCUUUUCUCCGAAAAGUGAUAUCGUUUGCGAAGCAGCCGCUCAGCUCGGUUCGUCGACCCCAAUAAACUGAAGCUCGUCCUAACCACUAAGACCACUAUUUAUUACCUAUUCCUUCCCGCCUGGGCAACUUUCCCCUAACGCCACUAUUAACUACCCACCCUUGAAACCUAACUUCUGAGUCGAGGGACCACCACUAGUGUAGCCCUGCCAGCUCAGCACAACUAUCGCCUUACCUGUCUGUCACCCUUGCUGCCGCUCUGUACGCGUUAUUGACGGCUCCGCUGCUCGUGUACCAGCCGUUUCUGCCACGUUUACCCCCCGCUAUUCUGCAUCCGAAUUGCCGCACGGACGCCGAGUGACAGCCCUGGCGGGUGGUUGCAGAUAGACAGACAGGGAGGCAGGCAGCAGGCAGGCACGCAGAAAGGCAGCAGGUUGGCAGGCAGGCCGGCCGGCAAGCUUUACCCUAUCCCGCGUCUCGGCAGUCGCCCUUAUCUUCACGCGCCUUUCACGAGUGCGUUCGUUUCCUGGUGCGUAAACGACCUAUUUUUUUUCACUGAUUAAACCCGGGUAAUCACCUCGAGGUUUGUCCUGUAAGACGCGUCGGAGCUUAGUGCUUAGUGCGUAGUGCUUAGGCUUCGAGCCGCAGCGUCCCCUCCUCAUCCCCUCCGUCUCGAGCGCACCUCGAGUUCCUCCGUCGCCCUCGCUCACUACCCACCGGCAUUCUACUCGCGCCGUCGCUCCUCGCCUCGUGAGGGGUAGCGUUUCCUGAUUACUGCUCUCGAGUCCUUUUUUCGCGCGCGACCUUUUUUUUCUUUUUUCUUUUUUUGGCUAGACACUUCCGCGAACCCUCGCGACGUUUUCGCCACGCGUUCGCGAACUCUCGCCGUCGUUUCGUCGCCAAGCGACGAUGAGCAUGCAAGCAGACUCCAGCGAUAGCGUCGUCAUGGCAGCGGUCAGCGGAAACAAUUCUGGGGGCGCGGGGGGAACCGGCGGAGGCGGAGGCACUGGCGCGCCCGCGCUAGAAUCAGCGGCGGAACUGCAAGCGGCGUUUUCCGCGGGCCAGCUGCAGCAGUUCGGGCAGCGGCUGCAGCUGCAGGCGCAGAACAUCACUGGCGGAGGAACCUUCUCCCCGGAAACCCUUUUCCAGGACGCUUUAUCCCCCUCCUCCGCCCUUAACAUUUCGCCUAACUCGCAGCUUUCGCCGCACCAGCAGGCGCUGAUUAGUCCCGAGCGGCAGCGGCGGGAGCUCGAGCAAGCGAGCGAGCUGUGGGAUAUGCUGGGGGCAAGCCGCUGCUGCGGGUGCGACGGGCGGUCAGGGAACGGAUCUGAUGCCAGGCUCGGGGGGGGGAUCAGGGCUGGUAGCAGGGCUGGCAGGGCUGGCAGGACUGUCCCCGUUACAGCAGGGCUCGUUAGACGCGAAGAUGAUUAUGGAGCUACUGCAGCGGGAUCGCGGAGGGGCCAGAUGCUUCAGCAGCAGCGGCUGCAGCAGGAGAAGGAGAAGCUACAGCAGCAGCUACAGCAGCAGCUGCAACAGCAACUGCAGCAGCAACUGCAGAUGCACUUACAGCAACAGCAGCAGCAGCAGAAUCACCAUCAGCAUCAUCAGCAGCAGCCGCAAAUGCAAAAGCCGCCCCACCCACCCAACUGGAUCCCUCCUGGCCAAAUCUCCCAAGCGCUUGAGAGAGUAACGGAAGGAGAAGGAGGGGGCCUAGGUCUUCAACCCGGCCCAGCAGCAGCAGCAGCAGGGCUAUUCGCCUCAGGCUCUUCCAGGCGGGUAGCUGGAGCCAGCAACCUGGGCGGUCCUAUGCGGGCUGGGCGGCAUCUGCCAGGGGGGGGCGGUGGCGGAGCAGUGACUUCCCACCACCGCCGCGCGCUCUCCCUCGGCUCCGCCGCGUUGCAGUGCGACGGGCUGAGCAGCAACAACAGCAGCCGCAGCAACAGCCCGCUCUCAGGCCUCCGCAUGGCCUCCCAGCACGGUCAACAUCCCCACCUCUCCCACCACCCCCACUAUCCGCACCACCCCCACACUGCCACGUCCCCUGGUCCGUACCUCGUCUCUCGAGCCGGCACGUCGUUAGCAGGUGGGGGUAUGGCAGGUGCUGCUAGUGUAGCUGGCGUGCCAGAUGAUCUCUCAGGCGCGGCUGCUGCGCUGCUGCUCUCUGCGAGGGUGGGGGGAACGGGCGUGGGGGGGCUGAACCCAGGGGGCCUUACAGGAGCAGCAGCAGCAGGAGGAGGGGUAGGGGAAGGGGCAGCCGGGUCGCUACAGUCACUCAGAUCACGCCGCGGCCUGCCGGAUUUGCCCGGGUAUCCCCCUCGAAUCGGGUCUACUGGCUCUGGGCAGUCUAACCCCAGUCCGAAGGGGAAACGAGAGCCGGAGAGCAGUCUUGCAGGGUCGCUGGCGGGCGGGGCGGGCAGGUGGCUGAAUGUCCCUGCGAAUAAGAGUCCACGGGCAGAGGGGCAGCUGAGUCCGGGCAGCAGUUUGAAACGUAUUUCGACAGGGCAGCUCCCGGGGUUGACGGGGGAUAUGGCCAGGCUGGGUAUGGGGAAUUUCCGUCCAUUUGUGAGUGGUGGGUCUCCCAACGCUGCUGCUGCUGCUAUUGUGGCUGCUGCAGCGGCAGCAGCAGGAUCAGGCAGCAAUGCAGGGGGGUUUUCUGGGGGGGGGAUGGGGUGAACGGGAUGGGGGGAAGUGCGAGUGGGCUGUCCUCCCCUGUGCGUCUCUCUUCCCCCGAUACUGACCUUCUGAGCGCGGCUGUCGCUGCUCCCGCCAGUGGUAUGGGAAUGGGCGCAAGCAGGAUCGUGUCUGGGGGCGUC